AUGGAUUCCUGUAGCAUGAAACCUGUUUUAACGUUUAAUGUGUUCAUUUUUGCACAGAGAGAUGCAAGCCACGUCCAAAGUGUGAGAAACAGCCAAGAAAACAGUAGGAGAAGGAGUUCGAGGCAGGAAGGCCAAAGGUCCUCAGUUCCUCCCGAUAGCCCAUGGAUUGAAAAUGAAAUCUGGAUCUUCCUGCAAGAGUGGGAAGUUGUUGAAUAUGAAAUUGGGCAUCCAGGCAAGAAAUUGAAGAAGAAGGUUCGGUCUCUUUGUGGGCGCCUCUAUAAGCGAGGUCUGAGGAAGAGCUGGAAGAGCUGCCUUGACCUGAUGCUGAAGAUGAUGGACCUGCACGAAACCCUUUGUAAUGAGGGUGAACGGCCUGAUCCCUUGUUUUCUCCUUAUGCAAGCAACCUGUAUAGGAUCUUGGGCCAGAGAUCCCAGAGAGGCCAUGUCCCAGGUCCUCUGUAUGAUGGGUAUGGUAACCCCCAUGCUUGCUGCACACCCUCCCUCUCCAUUGUUCCUUCCUGUUGCUCCUGGACUGACCUUGAAAUCAGGAUCUUCCUGCAAGUGUGGGAAGUGGUGGAACAGGGAAUCGGCCACCCAGGCAAGAAGAUGAAGAAGAAGAACAGUGCUGUCUGCCAGCGUCUCCAUCAGAUGGGCCUGAAUAA